AUGUACCACCCUAGGGCAAAUGGUUUGGUCGAAGCUUUCAACAAGACUCUUUACAGUGUUUUGGGGAAGUCAGUGUCCAGAACAAAGAAAAAUUGGCACAAGAAGCUUCUCGAGUCCUUGUGGGCUUAUCGCACCACCAGCCGAAGUGCUACUGACUCUACUCCCUAUUCAUUGGUCUAUGGGAGUGAAGCAAUACUACCCCUUGAGAUUCAACUCCCUUCGCUGCACAUCACCGUAUAUCAUAAUAUGAUCGAAGAUGAACAGGUUAUGCUUCGCUAUCAAGAGCUAGACGCCCUUGAUGAGAAGAGAUUCAAGGCCCAACUGAACCUUGAACUCCACCAGGGGAGGAUGAAGAGUGCUUUUGACACAUCAGUCAAAGUCUGCUCAUUCACUAUUGGUGAUUUAGUUCUAACAGUAAAACCACCAAUUGUUAUGCAUGGGCGAUGCAAGGGGAAGUUCGAGCCAAAGUGA